AAGGCCUUGAGAGUUACUCCAUUCCAGAUCUAGGCAAUUUCAGACAAGAUCUAUACAUUUUCUUCUAGCAUUUGUAAAAAUCUAGGAAAAUUUUCUACAAUGGAAUCUCUGCCUUAUGACGAUCUGAAGGCCUUUGAGCUACGCCUUCAAGAGGUGGUGGCCGGGCGUCGCCCAUCAAGGUUCAGCCAUCACAAGCUCCUAGCCAUCGUGGUCUUUGCCAUAUCCUUGGUCUUGUAUUUGGUUCCGAUGGCCCUCUGGAAGCAAACUGCCAUAUCUAUGGCCACCAUAAUCCUUAUAUUACCCUUUGGAUUGGACUAUUGGAAGCCGGAGUUGAGCCAGGAGGAGAUUACUAAGCAAACACGAUCGGUGUUAGAAGCCUUUGAUAUGAGUUGUGAUGACACCGGAAAACUGAUACUGAAGGCACCACGUAGCAGGACCCCAAGCACGCCAGGGGAAAGUCCUUAAUUUAAGCAUCUAAGCUUAAAAAAUUUGUACACUUUUAAAAUUAUACAAGACAAAGAGGUUUAUGGAGUACAGAAGCUGCUCUCCUUAAGGAUGUCGCUUUAAUUUAAAUUUGUAAAUCUCUAAAGUAACCUAAAAUAUAGCCGAAGAAUAGAAGCGGACAAAUAUAAGCUACAAUUUAAUAGAAAAUAAAUAUAACAAAGCAUAUCCAG